AUGGAUGACGCAGCGGUUGCAUCUGUGGCUAUUGGCAAGAAGAGAAUCCCAAUGUUGACUGUCCCCCCAGAAGGCGUGCGGCUCGUGCAGAGCGAGCAAAGUGAAAUGCAACGGAGAAAGACCUUGUUCCCGAAUCUCAAGAAGGUCUGUGUGUAUGUCGAGAGACCUCCAGACCCCCAUGAACAGAAGAUCGAGGCCCUCGAGAAGGAGGUGCAACUGCUCAAGGAGAGGUUGGAGUCCCAGCAGAACGACCUCUACGCAUCACUCAGCGCCGUGGACGCGCCGACCUCAAGUGCUUCUGCCUUUGGCUCGCCAGAACAGGUGGCGAGUCUGACCAGGACAACUACUUCGGACAUGCAGUCGAAUCUCAGCGACACACGCCGCAAACGCACAAGAUCUCAGUUUGAAGUUGAGGUGGCCUCGGUGCCCAACUUCGCCGCCAAAGGACUGAUUACUUUCGACCAGGCCGAGUUGUUUUUCAACGCCUUCUUCCAGGGCUGUGAUCGCUACGUCCCCAUAUUCGAUCCCCUGCACGACACAUUCGAGUCAAUCAGUUCCCGGAGUGCGCUGCUCUUCGACGCCAUCAUCACCAUCGGAUGCGGCGUCCUCAGCGAUGCCGAUUCUCAGAUCUGCCAUCUCCUCAACUUCCACCUGAAGAAGAUGCUUAACCUCGUCAUUGUAAGUCCAGAGCACGCGUCUCUAGAGACUGUCCAGGCUCUUCUAGUCACGGCGUGCUAUACUUCAGAGCGAUCUCUGCUCCUGGCGUUUGCUACGCGGAUGGCUCUCGACCUGGGCUUACCGGGCGCCUACGAAGAUUUGACCCGGAAGAUCGUCAGCAGGGGACCGCUGUCGCAAGAUCGAGUCUCGCAGAAAUACGAUGAGGCUGACGCGGUAUUGAUGAGACGCGCUCGGGCAUGGUUUCAGCUGAUGGUGCUCGAGCAGAUCCUUCGCGUCGAUGCGGGCAAUCUGCGAAGUUUCCACUCGCGCGGCGACCCGCGGCGAUGCCGGAUCCUGCUGAACAAGCCGUUCACCACCGUCCUGGACCUUCGUCUGCUGUCGCAGGUCGAGCUGAAUUCGCUGAGGGGGAAGACACACGACUCAAUAGCGGGGACCGAGCAAUUUGACGAAGAAGCGGUCAUGGACAUCCUCCGCGACGUCCAAGUUGACAUCGACGUGUGGUACAACGAUUGGAGGAACAUUAUGCUGCGCUCGUCGAAUGCCGAGACGCCGGUGCUCCUCCUGAACCUGGAAGUGCAAAAGUAUUGGUCUCAGACUGUCGCGUUGUGCCGGGCGCUGCGUGCCUUGGGGAACGAAAAUAUCGCCUCCAUGUCCUCGACGCAGCGGGACAUCCUCCACAUGGCCAAGGAUGCCCUCAAGGGACACCUCCGGGUGAUCCUGGACCAGCCCCAGCAUUACCUGUCCAAGUUCUGCUAUGCGAUGGACUUUGUCUGGGCCAAGUGCGCCUUCUGCUUCCUGCUGCUCCUGAAGCUGACCCGGCUGCUGCCCGAGGAAGACGACAACUCGAAACGGCAGCUCCUUGAUGACGGGUAUAGGCUUCUGAACGAACUGAACAAGGCCGGCGGUGGGUGGACAAGCGGUGGGCGCAGCAACACCAGCCGGAUGUAUCUGCAGGUGCUUCAGCAGAGCAUUCAAAAGUACGGCCGUGCACUGCAGAACGACGGUACGGCUCCUGGCCAGAGCGACAUCGACCAGCUCAACAUCGGACAAGAUCCUCGCUCACCACUCAACUUCUUCUGGACCACGGGGGGCACCGCUGCAGCGAAUGAAAUCGAGACUUUUGUUCCGGAGCAGUUUGUGUUCGAAUGGGAUUUCCCGGGCCUGACCCUGUUCUCUUCACCAGCAAUGGGAGACACUUUUUUCGACGAGUUUCUGAUUGGCAACGGGGCCAAUGAUCCCUUGUUCUUUGGAAUGCUGGGUUAG